GCCCGCCUCCCCUCUCCGCACGGGCGGUGCAUGUCGGCGGGCGGGCGGGCGGGCGCGGGGAUGCAGUAGGCAGCCCGGCGCGGCCGCCCCGCUCCCGGCCCCGGCCCGUGCCCUUGCACCGCCCCGGCCGCGGGGGGCGAUGGCCGCGUGGCUGAUGCAGGCGUGCCGCAGCCUGGCGCUCUCAACAUGGCUGCUGUCCUUUUGUUUCGUGCAUCUGCUCUGCCUGGACUUCACGGUGGCGGAGAAGGAGGAGUGGUACACGGCCUUCGUCAACAUCACGUACUCCGAGCCGGCGGCGGGGGGCGAGCCGCGCAGCGAGCGCAGCGAGUGCGGGCGCUACGGCGAGCACUCGCCCAAGCAGGACGCGCGCGGCCAGGUGGUGCUGCCCGCCGCCCACGACCGCCUGGCCUGCGACCCCGCCACGCGCUUCGCCGCGCCGCCUGCCGCCCGCGCCUGGGUGGCGCUCAUCCCGCGGGGCAACUGCAGCUACCGCGACAAGAUCCGCCACGCCGCCGCCCACAAUGCCUCGGCCGUGGUCAUCUACAACGUGGGCGCGGCCGGCGCCAACGAGACGGUCACCAUGCCCCACGCCGGUGUGGAAGAUGUUGUGGCGAUAAUGAUUCCUGAGCCUAAAGGAAAAGAGAUAGUGAGUCUUCUGGAGAGGAAUAUUACUGUGAUGAUGUACAUAACAAUUGGAACACGCAACUUGCAAAAAUACGUCAGUCGUACCUCAGUAGUAUUUGUCUCCAUAUCCUUCAUUGUGUUGAUGAUAAUCUCCCUGGCAUGGCUGGUCUUCUAUUAUAUCCAGAGAUUCCGGUAUGCAAAUGCCAGAGAUAGAAACCAGCGCCGUCUUGGAGAUGCUGCAAAGAAAGCCAUCAGCAAGCUGCAAGUCAGAACAAUCAGAAAAGGUGAUAAGGAAACUGAGCCAGACUUUGAUAAUUGUGCUGUUUGUAUUGAAGGUUACAAGCCCAAUGAUGUUGUCAGGAUAUUACCUUGCAGGCAUCUCUUUCACAAAUCUUGUGUAGAUCCCUGGCUGCUAGACCAUCGCACCUGCCCUAUGUGUAAAAUGAACAUUCUGAAAGCUCUAGGGAUUCCGCCAAAUGCGGAUUGCAUAGACGAUAUACCUCCAGAUUUUGAAGCUUCCAUAGGUGGACCUCCAACCAAUCAGAUUACAGGAGCUAGUGAUAUAACUGUGAAUGAAAGCUCCGUAGCUUUGGAUCCUCCUGUCCGGACUGUGGGAGUGUUACAAGUCAUCCAGGAUGUAGAUCCCUUUCCCCAGGUUGGGGAGGGUAACUUCACAACAAGCAAUGAACAGGAGCCUACUGUGAGCAGCGAUUCAGAUAUUUCAUUGAUUAUGGCGAUGGAGGUUGGACUGUCUGAUGUGGAGCUUUCCACUGACCAAGACUGCGAAGAGGUGAAAUCUUGAAAAACAAACAGAGAUUCCCCACUAAACUAAAUGGUAAGGGUGAGGGGAAGGGACAGAGUCAGCUCUCAAAGAUUUGGACCAGUCACGCACGCACCUCCAGAACACUAUAACUCCAGUGCACUCCAUUCUGAGAUGGCCAUGAAAAGCAAUAGCAACAGUUGUGUUUACCUGGACGCAGUUUCAUCAUCUACAUAUGUCCAUUUCAUUCAUGUGGAAAAUGAAAGUUUAUUGGUUUCCCACAUGCUUAAGAACAGUCAUGCACCUCUUCAGUGGCUCGUCAACCUGCAACUAAAAUGACAGCUUGAGUGUUUUCUACUCCUGUUCAAUCUUUUUUUUUUUUAAAAAAGAUGUUUAUUUAUAGUUCUUUCUGGUCUUUGACUGACUCCAGCUUUUUCAAGAAUUCAGUCUGGAAAUUUGACUUCCUCUUCUCUAGUCACUUCAUAAUCCGUCUCCAGGAUUUAUUAUUGCCUUGACAUUUCUGCAUGAAGUAUGCAUGGCUUCACUGAGAAAUGGUGCCUCAGCACCCUGUAUUAAUAUGAAGCCUGCUUUCAUUAAGAUUUUAAAUCCUUUUGAAGUGGUUCUCAGAGAUUAUAUCUUCCAGAGGCCCUUAUCUUAUGAGAUAAAGUUCUGAAUUAAUUGAGGUUGCUGACUUGUUGUUUAAAACUACAUGAUGUUGAUUUCUAUUUGCAGAGCUCCAUUAAAGGCACAUACGGUACCACGUGAGGGAGAGAAAAACAACAGCAUUAGAAUUCGCCUGCCCUUGCGAUCUUUUGCUGUGUUGUCUGCCAUUAGCAACCUCCAGCGCAUUAAUGCUCUUCCCUGUGGUUCAGUAGCUGAUGGAAAAGCUUCUAGUUUAAAAUCCGGUACUUCCUUAAAUUUGAAAAGAAACAUCUGCCCAGCAGGCCAGUGAGUGUAUGUGCAGUUUCCUAAGGGCACUUAGUAACCCAUUUGCAGUUUAUGUGACUGAAGAAAAUACAAUUAGGAAGGAUUUGAAUGGGGGAAUGCCCUGUAAUAUCACAGAAAGAAUAAAUGGCGAAAGUAGAAGCUGGUGGCCAAAAUGUAUACCUUACUUUUUCAACUGGGUUUUUGUACAUCUUUGUUACCAGCUCCAAGAAUCUAGGUGAAUCCUUAGUUAACUACUUUCUAGAGACCCCUGUACACUGCGGUGAGACAAGACACUUAUCAGACAUAUGAGGCUGAAAAAUUGCAGCAAAAAAAGUUGGGAUUUUUUUUCUGGACAGAGAUAAAAAUAGAGACAUCGUACGAAUGCUAAAAUGUAAGUUAUUUUAACCUACGCUUAUGAUUUUUUCUAUCUUUGACUACAUCUUGUAGAAAUGUGCUACUUAUAGCUGGGUAUUCAGAAUGCAAUUUAUGUUUCAAAAAAAACUAUUCAAGUAUGAAAAAGGACUUCCAUCUCGUCAUUAUACUAGAGUGAAUGGUUUCAGUUGACAGUCAGAUGAUUCAAAUCACAUUACCCCCUGUUGAGUAGGUCAGUAGAAUCAACAAUACAGCUCAUAUUAAAAUUUCAAGGAAUGGAAAGCUAUUUUCACUUCAUUGAGUUAAAGCAACAUCUCCAAAUAACACCAUUAGGUUCUUUCAACGUUGUCAUUUUAGUCCUCUUCAUACUUUUAGUUAUACAAAUUUACUUCCUGCUGAAAGUUGACAUACGAGAUUUUACUCAGAAAAAAAAUUAAUGACAAUUUAAAAAAAAUAACUGAUUCUUUCUUAAAUUACAAGAUAAAUGGGGGUGGGGACUUCCUUUAUAAUGCUAAGUUCCUUUUGUAGAUUAAAUUUUGAAUGUUCUUAGCUCUUAAAUUGAAGGCGUUUAGGCAAAAUAAUCUGUGCAAAUAAUGAUUCUGAAGUAUAGCUUGUGAAGCAUCAUUUGUUUUUUAUAGAUACUUUUUUAAAUAUAUUUUUUUAAAUAAGAGACGUAAUCAUUUGGAAAUCUAGGCUGCUUAAAUAGAAAAGCAAAGAUAGUUUCAGGGUGUACCCCAACCAAUUGCCAAUAUUGGUGGUUUUAAAAACCAGAUUGUCUUAUUUGACUGAUGUCUAUUUCCUGCAGCCACAUGCAACACCUACACUAACAGCAGAGGAAUCUGAAUGAGGAUUCACCCUGCAAAGAGACUCAUCUGCAAAGAGUCUGCAUAAGGUGAUGGACAAGCUCCACUUAAGCCCUGAAAGUAAUGCUGAACUAAGGCUUAGGUGGUAUAGAGAGCUGCCACAGUACAUAAGAACAGAAAUGAAACUCACCUAAGCUAGGGGUUCAGCUGUGGGCCAGAUCCAACCCAUGGAGCCAUUGGAUCCAGCCCACAGAUGUGUACUUCAGCAAUGUUUGUCAGCAGGGAACUUCAGUUGUGGGCGCUUUCCUUGUGCUGCCACAGGUCCUAGUGUCUGCCCACCCAUCUCUAUCCCAAGGCAGAUCAUUCUGGUGUGCUCCCCUCUUCCAUCCCCUUCCUGCUCUCCGAAGCUUGAAACCCCAUUCCCCAGCAGAGUUUUGUCCAGGGUGUCAAACCUGCUAGUUACACCUCUGUGUUAAUUUGUGCAUUGAUGUAAGCGCAUGUGUACACCUCUCCCUAUUCAGGAGAACAUAUUCACAGGCCUUAUGUUAUGGUUGUAUUUAAAUAGCUUUAAUUUCAGCAGGAUUUAACAAUAUGCCUAGAGUUAAACUUCGGUUCCAAGUGAAGAUGCUUUCCUGAACAGGAUUUGAUGAAGUAUCUUCUUAUAUAUAACAUUUGUAAAAUGCCUUCAAAAUCUUUGGCUACAAAGUGCUAAAGAGUACUCAAGAAUAUGAGUAAUAUAUAGGUCCUAAUUCUGCAAAUGUUUAUGGGUAGACACAGUUUUACUGAUGCGAGCAGUCCUUUUGACUUCAAUUAGACUAUUAACAUGCGUAAAAUUAAACAUGCAGAUGUGUGAGACCGAGCCGUGUUAUACAAGGUUAACCCUUGUACAGAUGUUCUACAGUCCCUACAUACUUAUGUCAAAACCUGGGAUACAAUAUUAACAGCUUGGUCCAUUAUAAAAUAUCUAUUUACUUCCGGAUCCCAGACACUUGAUGCAUAGCAAACCUGUUUCCUGUCUAAGACGCAAGUCAGCCUGCUGCAUAUCAAAAUACAGCCUGCGGUGCCCUACAAAUGGGGGCAGUUCAUGUAAAUAAUCUGCCAGCCUCAUACUGUAACUCUCUAUAGAUUAUCUAUUUCACUUGAUCGCCAACACCCAGUGAGGAGCCAUAGUCCAAGAGAAUUAAGUUCUAGUGCUAGAAUAAUCUCAUGUAGCCUAUCACUGGCUUGAUCAAUGCUUUAAGAAAAAAGGUUGCCCAUCACUGAUCAUCUUGCUUCUCACCUCAUUCUUGCUGGUCCUUUCAUCCAAGUGAUCGUCUCUUUUGUUUCCCAUUCACAACAUGGGUGAAUGGUGGGAAAUCAUCACCUUGGUGAAACCUUCUGUUCCCUUUCACUGAAGAACAACUUGUAUGAGCCUCACAGAUUUUCUCAGUGGCGAAGAGCCCAGUCACAUAACUGCUGAGCUCAUUCCCCAUUCCCAAAAUUCUUUGUGCUGCUCAGAGACUUCUCCUUUAGCUCUAGAAGGGAAUAAUCCCAGGCAGCCAUGAAAUGCAGGAAUUGUUACUGAAUGGGCAGUUUCCCCCUCUGGAAAAGUAGUAACCUCAGCAGCUGUGUAGCUCAGGAAGCCUGAAGGCUUCAGGGACCAGGAGUUGUUGAUGUGAAUUAGAGCAGACAGAGCCUAGAUUCUGAAUUUCUCUUGCUUUUAUGAGUUUAAUGAAGCUACUUUCCAAAUAGCCUCCUUAGCAAAUUAGCCACAUAAAAUGUUGCCUGGGCAAAAGUUUGCAUUUGAGCAAAAUUAUUCAGAGUAGUCAAUUUGUAUAUGCAAAUGCUAAUUUAUGUAGGGCUUUGUCUGAUGCACUAGCACCGGCUGUGUAUCCAUCCAUGAUUCAUCCAUUUUGCUUGGUGAUGAAAAUUUAGCACAUAUUGAUUUUUUUUUCUUUAAUUUUUUUUUUUAACAACUUCAUAAUAGUUUACAACAUGAAAGAAUGACUGGGACAAUUGUGAACUAAUAGUGUGUUGACUAAAUAAAUUGAUAUUCAUGUUCAAAAUACAGAAUUGAGCUUACAUGUAUACAUGCGGUAAACUGAUUGAUGCCACUUUUAAAAAUGAACUGGAAUGCAAACAGAGGAAGAUGGCAAGUGCUGACUGGUUUUAGCUGUUAAAGAUGAUGGCACCAAAAUCUAGUUUAAUAUGAGCAAUUGGAAAACCUUGAAAACAUAAUAUGGACUGGGUGGAAAUUGUUGCAUUUAUUUCAGUGAGCUUUGGAUCAGACACAUAGGAAGCAGCUGUAUGAGGUAGUCUUUUGGUAUGAAUUUGCCACUUCUUACAGGAGGUGCUAGCAGUAGGUUCUUAUUCAUGGUAGAGAAGCAGAUCCAUAUAAAACAGUUCAGAUCCAAUUCUAAAUUAGGAGUUUCCUGAGGAACAAAGGCUUUGGGAUCUAAUAUUUUUGUUCACACCAAUCCUGAGUUUCUGUUUAUUAAAUCUCCUUCUCUCCUUUUGACUCUAAAACACCUUGCCUAAUUAGAAAGAUGCCUGGAUCAAAAGACCAACCAUCACUCAUCAGUCAUAGCAGAAUUGCUUAACAGGCACCUGCAGACUGUUUUAUACAUGUAUGAGCCCUUAAAUAGCAGAAGUCAGCUGCUAAUUUUCCAGAAAACAGUUCCCAUUAAAUGUGGGCCCCCUCAAUGCACAGUAAUUUGUCUGUGUAGAUGUUCAAAUGUACUGCCCUUGGAAGAUUCUCCAUUUAAUGUGUGUUGCAGCUCUUCUUCCAGGAUCAUUUGUUAUUAAAAGGCAAUGAUCCAGUUACAGGCUUUUAUGUAACACAAGAUUCAGAUCCUUACUGCCAGAGUUGCUUUGCACUGAAACAACAAUGCACGUUAUAUGCAGGGCAAAAGCUUGUGCAGCUGUGAAUUCCCCAGAUUUAUUUAUAGGUGGCUUGUUCCUCACUGUCCCCAGGAAAGCUUAGGACUAAGCAUAAAAGUCAGAAUGAGGUAAGAAUGGUGGCCUGCGCAAAAGGAAAGGAAACCAACCAGCAGAUGAUUGCUUGAGGUUUAUUUCUCCUUUAUUAGACCCUUUACUUUUGAGUUUGGGGGUAUUUCUGCCAAUAUCUAUAAAAGUGAAGAUUGCAGAUCUGCUGGGAAUACAAUAACAAGCUCAUAUUAUCACAAGUGCAGGCUGCAUCCAGCUGGGGCUGACCUGACAAACAGAAAAGACGCUGCCAGAUUCUCUGGUGCGAUGCCUUUGCUUUACAUUGCUGCCCCAGGGCUUCUGACCUUUACCUGUUCCACAGAGAAUACAUCACACAGCAGACACACAGGAUUUUGGGCCACCCGACUUGCAGGCAGAAGGAGCCGGGGGGACACUGCCACAAUAACACCCAUGUUACGCCAAUCCUCUGCUGCAUUUUUGGCUGCUUGUUGCUAUGGCAGCAAGUAAGACCAGUCAUUAGCCUGCCCUUGUUCAACACAAAGGCCAAAUACAGACAGUACACUUUUACCGGUGAAUCCGGUCUAUAUCUGUAAUUGAACACAAGUUUGACACACAAAACCUGUCUAUACCCAUAACAGAACAUAAGUUUGGCGCACACAGACUGGUUAAAAAAUGGCAGAACCUGGUCUAGGACUUGCCACCCCUCCCAGCGAGUGGCCAACGUGUAUUCUGUUCACUAGUGCUCUAAACUAUGCCGCUUACAGAAAACCACGUAACAGAUCCAUUCUGCCUCGGGCGUUUUGAAUGGCUGUGCCUAGCCAAAGGACCUAGUCUGCCCUGAGUAGCAGUAACAAGUGAGCUUUAUAUCAGCUUUGCAUGGCAGCCCAGAUUCUGACAUGUAAUGUUUAUACCUCCCCCAAAUCUGGACUGUUACAGACGAGGCCCAUUUUACACUGUUCUGAUAGUGGAAAUGAAAAUCAGGUCCUUAGUUGUCUUCCCCCCACAAUCCAGUCAACCUUAAAUACUUAGUAAAAAUUGGCCCUGUGUUCCUUGAGGCUUUCAGGAUAAACUUUUGACUUCAUAUACAACUGUACAUGGGGCAGCUCUCUGAUAGCUAAAGGUGGAUCAUUACCUUAUUGAGGAAAGCUGAGCAUUCAUUGAUUUACAUAUUCAUAUGUGUAAGCACACAUUAGACAAGUCUUGUAGUGAACUGGUUUGCUUGAAGUUAUAGUUAAAAUAAUAACUUGAAAUAUUUCGCAAGUUAGAAGAGACAGGGUGAAGUUAGUUUGGGGUUGUUUUUUUUUAAUCUGAGCAGUUGAUCCAAUACAACCAGUUCUUUUAUUUUAACAAACUGUUGCCUGAACUAAUCGACACUUUUGGAGCUGAAAGAAGAACACCAGAUGGAUUCUGUAGUCUGGAAUUUGUGUUCCAGAUGGUACUUAUUGCAAGAUAACAAGGGAAAAGAUCGCCCUCUACUGCAUGGUUUCUAACAUGGUCACUAAAACCUUUACAUUAAACAACAGUUAAACAUGAGUUGUUGUUCUUUUGGUCACCAAGUGUGACUUGGUUUCUCAGCAACUAAGAAUUUGGUCCAUAUUUAAAAAAAAAGAAAAGUAAAAAGGAAGAUGCAUUAAGGAUGUUGCCAAGGUUGAGUAUCAAACCAAAGCGAGACCUUUUCACCUGAUAUAAACCCUGUAUUUCAAAACUCUUUAUUGUGGAUUGGUCACAUCUUGCUGAUUGCAGGGGAAGGGGAGGUGGAAGGAAGGAAGGAAUAAUGUUUUUCUUUGGGGGAGAGGGGGUGUUGUCUGAUUAUCUAAAGCUUGUAUAAUUUUUACCAGGCAUCAGGAUCAACAUACUCCUUAGCUAUGAAUGUAUAAGUUUAUUACAGAUGUGAACGAUCAAAAUGUUUUCUAUGUGUACAUACCACCAUCCUCACUUGCUGUUUCACAUUAGUAACCUGACAUGGCUGUACCAUUUUAUACAGUUGGGGAAGGGGGGUGGGAGGGUCUGUUAUUUUUAUAGCAAGAUGUUCCUUGUAUUUAAAGAACAUUUAAAAUGAUUUUGUACUUGUCAAAAUAUACAUUCCAUCCAUUUCCAGAAAAUAAUAAUUUUUAUUUAAAGUCAUUUUUAAACAAAAAUGAAAAAAAAAGUGGUAACUAUUUAGUAUGCACUUCAAGAGUAGAGCAAAAGCAUUCUGUUCUCCAGUGAUGGCUCCAAAGUUUCAUCUAGCGAUGUAUUCUCUCUCAGAUUGCAGACCAGUACCAGCAAAUGCCAAGAAAAAAAUAAGAAAAGGGGAAAAUUAACCCCUUGAUAUACUUUAUUUUGUAUUUCAGUGCAUUAUUACUGAAAUAUUUCCAAUUAAGAAAAUAGUGCUUUAUAAUAGUGAAAUAUUAUUAAACAUUAAAACGUAACCCUGCUUCCCAUACUUUCUUCAAAAGCUGAAAGGGGAGGAGGCGGUUAGCUACAUGCAAAAACUGUCUUGUUUUGCUGAAAACCAAUAGCGAGUGAGAUGUAUGUUUAAGUGAAUCUCCUUAGCUGGCAUUAUCAUCAGUUUCUGUAGAGAACAAUGUUUGCUCUUUUGACAAUAGAAAUUACUGUUCACCUCUGCAUUAAGAAAAUGUUCUGUCCUCCAAACAAACUCACCCUGAUUUGUAAAUCAUCUGCCCAAAAACAGUAAGAAAUUCUAUGGUGGCAUUUGCAUAGACAAUUUUUAAUUUAGCAUUUUUUGCUAGCUGUGAAUUGUCUGCCUAAACAAUGCAGUAGUGGUUUGUGAAGCAAGCCUUUCUUUUAAGCAUUAUUUUCUGUACAGUAUUGCAAAUGUAUUUCAAGUUUUUGCUGUUAUUUUAUUAUGCAUACAUCUUCCCCCUUCAAUGCACUUUAUAUCUCUUGAAAAAUAUGGGAGUCAGAGAAUUAUCAUCUUUAAAGGGAUUUGCCUGAAAUCAAGAGGCGCACUAACUUUUAUUUUGCUUUAUUAUAUACUGUAAAUGCUUAAGAGCAUAGACAGUGACUCAGUUGGGGGAAAUACUGAAACAUUAAGAAUGAUAUUUGGAAUCGUUAUUCAGUAGUACAACAUGGCUAUUUUUGUUAUAUAGAAGAUUAUAAUGUAAAUACGUGAGACUGUGUUAUUAUGUAUUAGUAAAAUAUUGCAACUAUAAAAGUUAAAGGAUUGUGAAUCCCAAGGAAUUUUAUUGCAAGUUUUUUAAUAAAAAUGGAUCUGA